AUGGGCCAUGGCAAUGCCAGUUUGACAGAGCUGAUUGCUCUUGGACGACGUCUACAGACAGUUGACUUCGUGACAUUCACUUGCAUUCUGGCCGACCUGCUCGAGCGUCAACGUGUGUUCACACUCGCAGUUCAGAAGGAGUCGGGCGUUCCAUGGGAAGCAGAUUUGGCCUUUCAGCGUAAGCAGGCGGAGUGCAGAGAAGAUAUGAAGCAUCUCCAGCACCUCAGACGCUUCACGGCCGUUUUUGGUUUACUUCAGCAUUAUUGUGAUCACAGCGACUUGCAGGCGCUCCGAGUAGCUUAUCUUUAUACCCCGGCCGGUCGCAGAUUCAAAGUCUUCUGCAAGAACAUGUUCGACAUUUUGGUGCUGAAGACUUUCCAUGGUGCCCAGCUACAGGUUUUCCAGGACCUUCAUGCUGAAACAAUGUGCGUGACGCCAAGGAUUGAAGUUCCUGAGUAUGUGGCGUAUUCCCAGAUGACACCAGACCAGGCCCGGGAGGAGGCGCCAUUGGAUCCCGUCGACGUUCCUCUGAGGUACGAAAUCUUUCGCACACCUCCACUCAAUCCUCGUUUGCAAGGCUUGGAGCUUUUCCGUGAAGACAAGUAUCAGUGUGCUACAUCUCGUCAUGUUCCUGCUGUGCACCAGCUGACUCAAGUCGGUUUGCGAGCCGGCUUUUCCUUCUUGACGUGCCUUGUGGAAGCGUACGACGCUUAUUGGGGGGAUACUGGUGUCCCGCAGCACUUGCAAAACCUGUUUCAGGAUAUGGGGGCUGCGUGGGACUUCAGGGCCAUGAUGCGGCAUCCACGCCCAAGUCAGGAGGCCAUCAACGCCUUGACACGCCUGUACAAGGCCUUUCAGUGGAGACUUCAACACGUACGCUUCCCCAGGCACUUUCCACAUGUUGAGCAUACAUGGCCUACCUUCAAAAGCAUGACUCGGCAGUUCCGCGUGCUUUGGUAUUCAGUGUGGCUGGGUCGCUUGCGACCUGAGUGGUCGGAACCUACAGCGUUCCAUGUGUCGCUUGUAGCUCCUCCGGCAAUGCUUCUGACAAUGUUGGGCCGCAAGCUUCAAGCGGCAGGCAGUUCAGGGUCACUGGUGGCCAUCCGCCUGGCUGCGGGAGAUCCAGUGCUGCUGCCUGGUACUUUUGCAAAAAUGAUCCGGCCGCCGUUUCAGGGCCGACUCGUCUUCAUAGAAAGAAUGGAUAGCCAG